AUGUCUUGUGCACGCGCGCGGAAUGUGUGGUUUUACAAUGGUUUAACCCAUGAACUCCUUGGUGGUGUGCAACAAAACGGAUCAAUCACGAAUGAAAACUUUUUCGAAAUGCUCACAAGCAUAUUACUCAUUGUUGACACACCAAUCACUAUUUAUUCAAGAGCCACUGGCCAGCCAAUCCUGCUGAAUGACGAACCCUUACAAAAAGGACACUAUGAUAUCUUUUGUGCUGGAGGUGACAUCAAACUCACUGAUGAGACACCCGUGCUCCGGACAUGCUCCCGUAGCCAAAGUGGUCAAGAGACCUCUUUCACGGCUGGAGUGCGGGCUCGUGACAGAAGAUGUGUCUUGUCUGGACUUGUAAACGUGGCACCCGAUCUUGAUGACUGGACUGGAUUUGAAGCAGCCCAUAUCUUUCCUUUGGAGAAGGAAGAUAUCUGGAACGAAGAAAAUUUUAGCCGCUGGAUUACAAAGGCCACAACGGGAUAUAGCACGCCUAUUAACUCAAUUCAGAAUGGCAUAUUGCUUACUGCUGCGAUGCAUGAUGCUUUUCUUAAGUAUCUAGUUUCUGUGAACCCCGAUGAUGCCUACAAAAUCAUUUACUUUGGUUAUGACCACUUUGAUGUCGACGGCAGAGCGUUGGAUCCUGUAUGCCGAAAGGAAAAUGAUCCCAACCGUGUUGCAGACGAAUUGCUCCGCUGGCACUUUCGCCAGUCCGUCCUAGCGAAUAUGAAGGGGAUUGGGGAACCCAUCUGGGAACACGACUUCCCCCCAGGCACAGAUAUGAUCAAAGAGAUCGUCCAGGGGCCAAAGCCAGCAGAGCGCAUGGAACUGGAGCUCUGUUCCCGGCUUCGAGGUUUCCGGGGAUGUCAGCACUGA